AUGGAAAAUAAACAAGUAAGCUUCCUAAAGACUUGCAUUAAUGGCAUCAACGCUCUUUCAGGAAUGGGCAUUCUAUCCAUUCCGUAUGCCCUUUCAGCAGGAGGCUGGUUAAGCUUGAUCCUGCUGAUCUUGAUUGCGGCUGCAGCCAGCUUUACUGGACUUCUGAUGUGCAGAUGCAUGGAUAGAAAUCCUAAUGUUACAAGUUAUUCUGACAUUGCCAGUCAUGCAUUUGGACGCAAAGGAAAAUUAGUAGCGUCUUUCUUCACCUCUUUAGAGCUUUAUUUUGUCGCCACUGGUUUUUUAAUAAUGGAAGGGGACAACUUGCAUAAGCUUUCUCCGAACUUUGUCAUGUUUGUAAGUUUUGUCAUAUGUACUAUCACCAACUUAUCUAUGGCCGUAUUGGGCUAUCUUAUAUAUGGUCAGAAUGUGCAAUCUCAAGUUACAUUAAAUCUACCUACGCAAAAGCUCAGCUCCAAGAUAGCAAUAUACACCAUGUUGGCAGGUCCAAUUGCCAAGUAUGCAUUAACAAUAACACCGAUUGCCACUGCAAUUGAAAGUGUUUUGCCAGACAGGUAUCAAGAUAGUAAGUCGAUAGGUACUCUUGUCAGAAUGUCUUUGUUAAUUAGCACAGUAGUUAUGGCCAUGGUAUUUCCAUCUUUCCAGUCCUUGACAUCUCUAAGUGGAGCGGCUCUCAUCGUUAUUGUUUCAUUCUUCCUCCCAUGUGCAUGUUACUUGAAGAUUUUUAAAGUUCAUCAGAAAUGGGGAACUGAGCUAGCAGGUAUCUUGACAAUAAUGCUAAUGUCAGUUGUUGUUGGUGCAGUGGGCACAUAUUCAUCUAUUGCUCAGACUGUGAAGCAUAAUUAG